AUGGCGCGGCCAGAGGAGGAGCGCGCGGUGCUCAAGGCGCUCCGCCGCGAGCACAAGGACGUAUGGAGCAGGCUCUGGAGCAUCGAAUAUGAUGCGCGGUUCGUCGCGGAGGUGUGCGACGCGUACUACCCCCUUGCGCUCGUGGCGAACAUGCGGUGCGGCGCGUGGUACACGCCCCCGGAGCGUGUGCAGGCCACGUCGUACUUCAAGUCCACCGAUGGGCACAUGCACCAGUGGGACUUUUCGCUGAAGCGCACGAAUCUGCACCUCGUCGAGACGAUCCAGGGCGGGGCGCAUGCGCUCACCGGGUGCCUCGUCGUCGACUCGACGCGCCGGGGCAAGCGCUUCCCGGACGCACUGUCUAAGACGGUGCCGAUCUGGUGCGCGGUCCUGAAUCACGCGUCGCACAGGCGCCACGGCACGCCGACGGACGUGCCGCUGCACGUCGCGUCCUACGCCGUGUCAGACAGCGAGCGCGCCCAGAUCGAGGCGCGCAUCGGCGCGUGGGUCGACGCGUUCCUCGCGUCGGACUGGGACGUGCCGUGCCUCACAAAGCCGCUGCAGCCGCUGUUUGUCCACCCGGGCGACCGCGCGGCGUUUCCCCCGCAACCAGAAGACGCGCACCACAUUGUGCUGGUCAGCGCGUCGGCCGUCGACACGGCACCGAGCGGCCCGGGCGGCGCACACUACGUCCAGGGCGCGGGCGACGACCACGAGAGCUGGGCGCACGGCCUGACGCCGGAUAUCUUUUGGCGCCACCGCGCGGCACUGCUUGCGCCCGACCUGGACCGCGGUGCACGCGAGGCGCGCAUCCAGGAACUGGUCGCUGCGCGCGCCGCCGAGACCCAAGGGCACCUCCCGUGGAUGGCCGAGCACGAGGGCGAUCUCGCGCGCAUCGGCGCGACGCGCCUCGUGGUCGCUGCGCGCCCCGCCGCCUACGACUUUCAAAAGGAGCUGGGCGCCUAUGCGCUGGUCGUGCACUGCACCCCGCUGCCGUCCGACGACGCCGUCCUGCGCCUCGGCGUCCCCGAAGGAAAACGUGGCCUGGGCGAAUUCACAAAAGCACUUCCGCGCGCCGUCGACGCGAUUACCCAUGCGCUUGCGCACGAUACCCGCGAUGUACUGCUCGCGUGCACCGACGGAUGCCACGCAAGCGGCGCGCUUGCGGUCGCGGUCCUUGCCGCGAGCUACUCCGAGGACCGCGUGUUCCUCGCUUCGCCCGACGCACGCACCGCGCACCGCACGCACCUCUCGAAAGACGCCACGAAGCGGCGGCUGCAGUGGGUCGUCAGUGCCUCGCCACGCAUCUCGCCGAGCCGCGCGUAUCUGCAGCGCGUCAACGCGUAUCUUAUUGGGCCACACCGUCAAUGGACAUAG